UAUAAACAGAUUAGUUUUCUGUACGUAUUCCUAUCCAUGGCGCAAGCUGAUGAUGUUGGAGAUGCGUGUUGUGAUGUGAUUUAUGAAGAGUGUUGUCCCAAGCUUCCUCCAAAACUUCAAGUCUUCCUUACUUGUAUGGUAACUCCUCUACUAGUUGUUCUAGUCGUCAUGCUUGUUCUAUAUGUCAACCCUAAGAAUCCUGAAUUUUCAGUUGAGAAAUUCUAUGUUUCCGCUUUUAAUAAAACAUCCAGUAAUGCCACAACCAACACCAUAUCCUUUGACAUUAAGCUCCGCAACCAAAACAAGGCCAUCGGCCUUUACUAUGAUGAUCCUGUCAACCUCACUUUCUCAUUUAUCCCUAGAGAAACCAAUAACCAAAUCAUAUGGAAAUACUCGGUGCCAAAGUUUUACCAAGGAAACGCUCAAUCUAGAAGACUCAGAGAUGUAAUCCUGCCACUUGGGGCACCCGAGAUUUCGGUUUUUAACCAGACAUUGGUGGCUGAACAUGCAAGUGUCUUGCCUUCUGGGGUGAUGACGACUGGGCUUGAGCCUUUGCUGUAUUUCAAAGUUGAUUUUGUGACUAAAGUGAGGUUCAGAUUGAUCGGGAAGCACCAUGCAAAAGAACUGGUGGUUAGUGCUGAUGUGCCUAUAGGCGCAAACACAGGUGAGAAAUAUGCCAAGAGGGGGAUUCAGGCGAGUGCGGUGUUAAGAAUCGGUCGGGGUGGCGCUCACGUGGCUGUGAUGGUGGUGCUAACUGCCAUUAACUUCAUAAUUAUGUGAUUGGGGUGUGCUCUCUGCUUCAAGAAAAUUUGUGGAGCAUUUACAUUGUUUAGCUCAAGUGUUAUUGUUUAAUUUUUAAUUUCCUAACCGAAGAAGUUUGAACAAUAUAGUCUGUCAAAAUGAUUGAGAUUUUCUUUGU